AUGAAGUCUCCGAAAGGGACAACAGCACGUCGAAGUCGAAACCCUACCAAGCUCGCUCACGACUGGGAUCGGCCAGAAGCUGACCCAGAAGAGGUCUUUGAUGUGCAGUCAAUCUCUUCUGACGACGAAACCAGCACCACUCCGUCAGUAGCAUCAAUAGCAACCAUGCCGUCACGCACCACCCAGGCUGCCUCUGCUCCUACCCGAGCAUCCAGGUCAAAGCAGCAACCGCCCCCCGAGGACAUCAUCGAGAUCUCCACCGACGGAUCCGUAGGUCAGCGAGAUCAAGCUGCCGAUGACAUGGUCAUGUCUGACUUUGAGGACGUCGAUCCAGCAGCUCCUGCUGCAGCUGCCUCAUCGAGGGCUGCCAGCGAGGAUCUCGACAUGGAGGAUGUCGAUUUGGACCCGGAUCAGUCGGCGCAAGAUCUUCAGGACAUGUACGCCGCUGCCUAUCGCGAUAUUCAGGCAAAGUAUGGCGACGGCACCGCAGACUACGAUGGCCAAGGUGGGGAUGACGAUGAUCAGAACGAGCUCGGCGAGGACCCAUCCACAUCGUCCAAGCCCAUACCCAUCUUCAAGGACGGCAAGGGCCAGCAUCGCGGUGUCGAGAUCUCUGUCGGCAGUCGUACCAGCAAACAGACCGACUCGCCGAAGCAAAAGUCAAACAACUUCCUGACCCCUCGUGACCGCCAAAACCGGACCACUGCCCAUAAGCUCCUCGUUCUUUCCAUGCUAGCCCACACUCGCGUCCGCAACAAGUGGUGCAACGAUGCCGAGCUUCGCGAUGCGCUCGCCGACUCGGUGCCCGACUUUCUCAUCACCAAGCUCCGCUCGAUCCAUCCCAAAAAAGUCACUGAACAAAGAGAGAGGAUUCGGAUGUUCGAGAGCUUCCUCUCGGAGCUCGUUCGAUGGUGGUCUUCGCGUUUCCGACUGGACCCCACCAUGGUGGCCAACUCCGCCCUGCGUCAACCUGAUCAGGAUAUUGCUACAGGCGUCAUCCCUGGCUCUGGCCGAAGGGUUGACGGUUGGAUCGUCGAGACAGCCUCAGAGCGAGAGCAGCGCCAUCGACGCGAGCGAAGGGAGCAACAGCGAUACAAGGAGGCCAAAGAGCGACUGUCCCACACUGACAAUGUCGCUGCGAACGGCAGCAAGAAAGGCAAAGGCAGAGCCAGAGACACCAAGUCAAGUGCUUCAGCGGCCACUGCGUCCAAUCCCAUCAAGCCGCCGACAAAAGCGAUGGAGAUUACGAUCUUUGCACCUGGCUCAGCAAUCCGACCCAUUUACCUUCGUCUCCUCCCACCAGCAGAGCACAUAACUUCGCCAGCUGGGCUCAGAGAACGAGCAGAAGAGAGGGCAGGAUCAAGGGAGACAAGUGCCCAACUCUUCUGCGCUCUCUGUCGCUCCAUCGGUAUUCCUGCUCGACUUGUGAUCAGCCCACAGCCUCUGUCAUGGAGUGUCGGCGCAAGCAAGCUCGCUAACACGGCUCAACCUGGCAGUCAAGCCGACAAAAAGCCGAAUCAGCUCCGUGCCUGCGCCAAAAAGUCGACAUCUCGCCGCUUCGCUUCGAAGCCCGUGAACGAGCUCACCUCUGACGAUGACGACUACAAUCUUUCAGAAGCGUCGUCUGCUGCACGCAGUAUGGGUUCACGCAAAGCAAUCAGCAUUGACUCGCUGUCUUCUGCUGACGAGGCGACAACAAGCGAUAACAACAACAGCAGGCGCAGCGGGAACGCCAACGGCUCUACCGACCUCACCAAAAGAGCUGUCUUGAGCGCUGCAGCGAAAAGGUCCACUGACAACAACAGAGCAGCUCGUCGUCGCGGGGACCGCGGUCAACCGAUCACCGUGGAUGAUACCGUCUCGGACGUCUCAUCUGACCGAACGGUCAAAGGCUCGAGCAAAACCAAAGCAGGCAGCAACAAAAGCACGCCUGCCUCAGCAAACGUCAAAGGCAAAGCGAGGCAGGCUGACGCUAUCGACACAGAAGGCGAAGAAAGUGAGGACUACCGCCCAGAGAAGUGGAAGAAUCUCAAGACGCCUCUUAACGUCGAGCACAAGGUCAAGCUCAGAGCCUUCCGUCCCAAGCAGCUGAAAGACUCGGAGGUGGCGGGCGACGACACAACGGCAGAUCCGGUAGAUCUGCAAGCGCCGCCCACCAUGUGGGUCGAAGUGUUCUCAAAGCCGUAUCAGAAGUGGAUCACCGUCGACCCGAUCAGAUCCAUGAUCAGGCCAUCCGGGAAUCGCCACAUGGAGCCACCCGCAUUCGAUCGCCAGAACAAGCUGAUCUACGUCGUCGCCUUCGAAGAGGAUGGCUAUGCGCGCGAUGUUACCGCACGGUACACCAAGACGCUCAACUCUCGUGUCUCUCGAUUGCGACCUCCGACGCGCGCCAAGGGAGAGGAGGAUUGGUGGAGCAAGGUUGUGCGGUCGAUCCACCGACCUCAAAAGCUAGACCGCGAUGCGAUGGAAGACGCCGAACUGCAGGACAACAGUUCGCGUGAACCGAUGCCUUCUUCGAUGAACGGCUUCAAGGACCAUCCGAUCUAUUUUCUCGAAAGGUUCCUCAAGCGCGACGAGGUCGUCUUCCCACGUCGGCAGAUCGCCACGUUCCAAGGAACACCCGUGUUCUCCAAGUCCGACGUUCAGACGCUGCGAUCUUCACGCCAAUGGUACAACGAAGGUCGGGUCGUAAAAGACGGCGAGGUAGCGCUCAAAUUUGUCAAGUCGCGAGGAUACACUCUCGCCAACAAGCGGGCGGAAGAGCAAGCUCGAUCCGAAGGUCGCGAAGUCGCUCAGGAAGGCCUCUACGCCGAGUUCCAAACCCAACUCUACGUGCCACCCGCCGUCGGUGCCGACGGUGUGAUCCCAACCAACGGAUUCGGCAACAUCGACCUCUUCGUCCCCUCCAUGCUGCCCGCCAACGCCGUGCAUCUCGCCUAUAGCGGUGUGGCAAAAGUCGCCAGAAAGCUCGGCGUCCCCUACGCCGAAGCGAUCACAGGAUUCGAGUUCCGCAAGCAAAGAGGUAUGCCCAAGAUCACGGGCAUCGUGGUCGCGCAGCAGAGUGCCGAACUGGUCGAAGAGGCGUUCUGGCAGCAGGAGCAGGAGGACGCGCUGAAGCAGCAGACCAAGAAGAUGGAGAGGGCCAUGAAGAAUUGGAGGAAGCUGAUCAAUGCUGUUCGCAUCGCGAGGAGGGUUAAGGAGCAGUAUGGGGACAAGAUGGUGAAGGCGUCAAAGGAAGGCGGUGGGAAGAGAAAGGUGAAGGAGACGGAGGCGGAGGUAGCGCAAGAAGAGGAGAAGAGCAGGUUCUUCGCUCAGAAGAGUUUGGAAGCGUUGGACGAGGAUGUGGCUAGUGAUGCCGGUGGUGAAGACCUGGACGUCGAAUUGCAAGCGGAGCAAGAAGCGGAGCCUGCGAUCGAGACAGCGAAAUCCACGCCGACAAAGCGCAAAAAGAUCAUCUCGCUCGCACAGCUGGCAUCCACCUCCGCGCAUCCUGACGACGACACCGAUAGCUCAGACGCCAGUGCUUCUCCUCCUGCCGAUGCUUCGCCAGCCAAACGUCCACGUCGAGCCGUUGCUGAAGCUAAAGUUGACGCAGCGGCCCCUGCCAAGCGACCUCGACGGUCCACAUCUGCUGCCGCUCCGAAGGACGAAACUCCACAGAGAAGGAGCACGCGGUCGAGGCAGUCCAAGUCGCUGUACGUCGAGCCCGACUCCGACGUCGAUGAACACGACGAUGCAGCAGAAGCGGCGGAUCAGCCCGAGGCAGAGCACCCCUCGUCGGCAAGAAAAAGUCGUCGAAUCACCGUCAAGCUUACACCCAAGAAGGGUUGA